AUGGAGCCAGAAAACGCACAGUCACAGAUCGCCGUGCCAGACUUCAUACAGAAGGAUUGCUUACGUCUCGACAGUCCAUACAUGCUUCAGUCCAGCGACACGAAGGAGCCGAGCUCAACAGACAAGAUCGAACGGGCGGUAAGACCUUUCGAUCCUACCCACCACUUCGACACCCUCAAAAGCUCACUAGGACCGACCGGAGAUCACAAAUGGAUGAUAGAUGACAGCGACUUUGCAAAGUGGCUUGGACCCACUACCGAUCAGCUACGCGUACAGAUCUCUGGAGGCACCAAGACUGACAGGACCUCAGCAGCUUUGUUCGUUGUGGACCACCUGCAAGGUCUGCAGUCAUCGGCAUCUUCCAAGACUAAGGUUCUCUACUUUUUCUGUCAUCGUCCCUACCAACAACACAGGACUGCCAGCGCCGUAUUGAAAGGCUGGAUGUCCCAGCUUCUUCAACAACGGCCUAUCAUGAUGAAAGACUUUUGCGAAUGCGUCGACGAUCCCGUCUACUUUUCUACUUACCUCGAUCAAGCCAGGAUGAUGUGGGCUUUCUUGCGACGCGCCGCGAAGCUGCACAGCGAGGGAAUUACGUACUGUAUACUGGAUGGCCUGGAGGAAUGCGACACGGAAGAUAAAUCUCUCAUCAUUGAACUGCUGACCCUUACACUCCCGCUCGAAGGCUGUCCGGAAGCUGGAGCCAAGUUCAAAAUUCUCGUCACUACCAGCACCCCUCUGGAUGGUUCGACGUUCAGUAACAUCGGCCUGACUGCGCACGCAGGGAGCAAACCCUCUUUGUCUGCACAUUCGCUUACGAUUGAUGGGCGCCUCGAAGCCCUCAGUUACGAGGACCAAGUACUAUGUUCUAAAGCGCUACAGUUGCUUGCCGCGUUCUUUCAUCCACCGACGACUGAACAGUUCCGGGCUCUCUUUCCAGAGGAAAAUUGGUCUACCAUUUUCGGAUUUCUCAAUUCCAUUCCGACACAGCUGCUAGUCACUCCCGAUCGCAUUGAGUUUAUAGAUUCGGAUGCAUGGCUCGCGCGCUCAAAGUCUAAAUUUGCGGUUGACUGUCACACCAGGCUUGCGAAGGAGUGUUUAGAUGCAAUCAAUGUCGGUCUUAUGCAAAUCGACAUAGCAGACCUGGAGAACGACGAGGAGUCUGCCUGGAUGUCUCAGGCCCCUUCUUGUCUAAAGUAUGCGACAAUGCACUGGGCUGACCAUCUCAAGCUUUCCAAAGACACCGAGCAAAACCGUAUGGACCUCAUACUGAGAUAUUUCGGUCCCAAGUCAACAAUCCUGGAGAAGUGGUGGAUCAUGUUCAUGGCCUGGAACUACGGUAUGUCUCGGUACUCUGAUCGCCGGCGGCGGUACACAACACCCCUCCACGUGUUCGCUCUCCUCGACCUUGUUGAGGUCUUGGACAAUGCUGGUCAAGACUGGCUAUUCGAAGAGUACGCGACAUCCCAGGACGCCCAGGGUCUAGAACCGCUCGAUGUUGCUAUUCUGCAUAAUCACGUCAGGAUGGCAGAGAUUCUUUCAAAAGAAGUCUCCUACACCACAACUGGCCAAUGUACCUUUGCAGCUAUUUCUAGUGCAAAGCUAGCUAACAUGAUCUUCAGCAAGCUUGAUUCACGAUUCCCAGAGCUGCCCGAAAAAGAUAUAGAGAACAUGUUGUGGAACGCAUGUUACAGGGGAGACCUUGAGUUGCUCGAAGUUACCAUCACCUUCGCAAUCGGAAAGACAUCGGGAAGAUUCUUUCCGUGGAACAACACUGCCUAUGCUGAAGAUAUCAUAGAUUCCGGCGACCACCGCUUACUAGGGCCGAUCUUGAUAACGACCAACAUGAAAGAGAAGGCGUAUCACGUCAUCGAAUACGCAACGGAGGAGCACGAACCGCGAAUGCUCAAGGAAAUACUGCGCUACGAAGUCGUUGAUAAGAUGAUCAAAGGAAAGCAGAUUGACCUUCGCACGGCCCUGAACACGGCACUCAAACGCAGAAGCGCUCGUAUGGCAAAUCUUCUUCUGAACGAGGACACCAUGGACCACCCCGAAGGCCGUGAUCUUAGACCGCUGAAGUACGCAGUCAAGUAUCCCAACAUUCACACUCUCAAGCUCUUCCUAGCGCAGCCGAAGUUUCCUUUCAACACAGGUGUCAUCGAGGAAGGCGUCGCGCUCAACCUCAUGCUGCACCAUGCGGGUGCAGACGUGGAUAUCAAGAGUCUGGACCAGCUGCUCAAGCGGGGUGCACGAAUGCGAUACGAAGACUUCGGCGUGACUGCUCUCCACGUCGCCGCCGAGAUCGGUCGCAUGUCAGUCAUGGAGACCCUCCUAGACAAUCUUACCGAAGACGAGAUCAAAGAGGAUAUUGACCGCAGAUGUAGCCGCGCCCACAGAAGUCAAGGUCGGGAAGGUAUGACUGCAUUGGCUAUCGCUGCUUUGAGGGGCAGCUUGGAGAUAGUGCAGUGCCUGUUGGAUAAAGGAGCGGAUAUCGACGUAGAAGAUAGGGCAGGGAAGACUGCUGUGCAGCUGGCGCGAGAAGCUGAUCGGGGAGAUAUUGCGGAUAUGAUAUUGGAUGGUUGA